UGACAGGAAAACAAAAUUUAAGUGCUUAAAGCUUGGUGCGGGAAUAAUCGACUGGCGUUUGUUAACUAACUUCCCGGUUUACUACUUACGUUCAUGAAAUAUACUUCUUAAACAUGUCUUCCCAACUUAUAGAUAAAUUUAAACAACUCGAUGCAUAUGCUAAAACUUUAGAAGAUUUUAGGAUAAAGACUGCCACCGGUGCAGCUGUGACGAUUGUGGGUGCGAUUGUCAUGGUCCUAUUGUUCCUAUCAGAGCUCCACACUUACAUGUCGCCAAACAUAUCAGAAGAAUUGUUUGUGGACACGUCAAGAGGGCACAAAUUACGUAUAAAUAUAGAUAUUAUUGUGCCGACUAUUUCUUGUAACUAUUUGGUACUAGAUGCCAUGGAUUCAUCUGGAGAACAGCAUUUACAGAUAGACCACAGCAUACACAAGAUACGGCUUGACCUGAAUGGUAAUCCUAUAGCCGAACCAAAGAAAGAAGAAAUUGCCACUGCUAAAACUGUGAUGGAGAAAAAAAAUGACACUGGAAUAGCAACAAUAACAUGUGGCAGCUGUUAUGGUGCAUCAUUCAAUGAUUCUCAUUGUUGUAAUACAUGUGACGAUGUAAAAGAAGCAUAUAGAAUAAGAAGGUGGGCUCUACCAGACCUGGAAACUAUAGAGCAGUGUAAAGAUGAUGAAUCUUUAGAAAGAGUGAAACAGGCACUAAAAGAAGGUUGUCAGAUCUAUGGACAUAUGGAAGUAAAUCGGGUUGGUGGAAGUUUUCACAUUGCUCCAGGGAAAAGUUUCACAAUAAAUCAUGUCCAUGUCCAUGACGUACAGCCCUUCUCAUCAUCAGUAUUUAACACCACACACAUUAUUAAACAUUUGUCAUUCGGGAAUGACAUCAAGAAUGCAAAUGCCAACACUGCACCCCUAGAUGGAGUCACAGGCUUAGCAAAGGAAGGAGCUACAAUGUUCCAGUACUACAUAAAAAUUGUGCCGACAGUAUAUUCGAAACUGGAUGAAACAACAACGUUCACAAAUCAAUUCUCUGUGACAAGACAUCAAAAAGGAGUGUCAAUAAGUAAUGGAGAAUCUGGUAUGCCUGGAAUAUUCUUUAGUUAUGAACUCUCCCCUCUAAUGGUGAAAUAUACUGAGAAAGAAAGGUCCAUUGGUCAUUUUGCUACAAACAUCUGUGCAAUUGUCGGAGGAGUUUUUACAGUAGCUGGUAUCGUUGAUACACUACUUUACCAUUCAAUAUACACAUUUGGCAAUAAAAUUGUUUUAGGUAAAGCUGGAUAAACAAGUCACAAUGUUUUCAAAAAAGUAUUAAAAU